AAACGGCGGCUCGACCAACGCUUUGCCCAUGCGGUGCUGCAUUGUCGCGAUCCAGUUACAGCAAACUCCCUCAUUCUCAAUGGCCUCGCGCUCGAGCACACAAAGCUCGCUGCCCGCAAAGACAAGAAAGAACCUGUGCGAUGCGCCAAAUGUCAGUUAUGGGGACACAUUGCGGCGAAUUGCCUCGCACUGCGGGAUACCUGCGCGCAAUGUGGUGACAACCACCGAUCCAACUCGUGCACCAACCAAAGCAAGGCGCACUGCGCCUCCUGCAACAGCGACACUCACGCCAGCUGGGACAGGGACUGUCCUGUCGCUGACAGGAAACGCAGGGAGCUAGACGCCAAGUACCCGGAAAACGCACUCCCGCUAUACUCAACUGCGGGGAACUGG